AUAGUAUAUCGCUCUCGCUCUCCUCGUAUGCACCAUGUUGACGUACAGCAAGAUGGUGGCCGAGUCGAGUAGCGCGCGAGGAUGGUAUUAGUAGUCGUUCGUGUUCCGUUCGCGUUGAUAACGCUGCAAUAGGCAGUAAGUAUAAUCGCAGGAAAUCAGUCUAAUAGUGGAGUGAACGAAGAGGAACUGAUUCUUCGCGUUUAUAUAGGCUCGUCCGUCCCGAGGAAAGAAACAACGGUGAGCGAAAUAUAAGCCCAGAACACACGUCCCGUUGUCCUGUUCACCUAGUGGAGUGUGCGGAGAUACAUAACAAUAAUAACAAAAGUCGCGGGGGAGUGGUGUGCAUCAGUGUGAGGAGAGGAGAUAUGCGAGUCGAUGUCCACUGUUCUGCCACCUCGUCGCACUAGCUCUAUUAGGAGGAGGAGCAGUUUCGAGUUAUGAUGUGAUCGUAUUGAGAAUGAGCAGUUCUCUUGAGCAAGUGUGUGAGUCGAAUUCCGCUGAGCUCUGCGUUUUUUUCCAAACUUUUAUAUACCUAUAUACGUGGGUACGCGUAUAGGUACAUCGUCGUCGCUAUGUUCGCCUCCGCCGCUCCCCGGAGUGGUUUUGUCGAUAACGGAGCGCGACGAGUGUCUCGUUCGUCUGCGAUGUCGAUGCAAGGAAGGAAAAGAAUGAGAUAGAGAGAGAGAGAGAGAGAAACGAGCGAGCUGAGCGAAAAACGCGAGUGAACUAUAAUUACGGUCAAUCACAGUUUGUUAUUUGCAUUGGCUACCGAUGGGAAGUGUGAUAGAUGCCAAUGGACUUUGAUACGAUUGUGUUUAAGUAUACCAAUUGCUCGAGACACUGAGUUUUGAUGUUGCCAGGCUACUUUACAUCCACAAGUUCAUGCUUAGUAUGUGACAUUUGCAUGCCAGCUUCUUGUAAUCCAAGCAUGCGAGUACAGAAGCUCUCAUUGCUAUGUUGUUAGCGGUAUUAUGAGGGCAAAAAUGAUAUGAGUAAUUCAGGAAGGUAAAAUUGUGACGCUUCAUUUCACGAGGAUCUACCAUGUCUAAUUGCGAAGACGAAGCAGCGGCGCCAGAAUUUCACCAACUGAGCAUCACAAUUGAAGCAGCAACUCUUAGAAGUUCUUCCUUCUUGAAGCCUAAUCCGUACAUAGAGUUCUCUGUUGAUGACAAAAGUCCAAGAAGAACAGAAGUAUCCAAGUCAACGCUGCAACCAAAAUGGAACGAUAAGUUCACUGUUCUGGUCACACCAUACUCUCAGCUCCACUUUCGUCUUCUAGAUCACAGUUCAUUUCGCAAGGACACAUUGAUUGGAGAGAAAAGAAUUUACUUAUAUGACAUCCUUGUUCACUACAAUGGAAAAUUAAAUAGUCUGGAGCUUACCCUUGAUCUAUUGUCGGGACAGAAAUAUGUUUAUUGCCAGACCAAAGUCGGUGAUUUGGUCACAUUAUUCGAUAGACUUAAGAUAGAUAUGAGCACGGUUGCUCCGCCAACACACCCGCGACCGGAACUCGCAAAUUCAAACAGUACAAGGCAAAUGGCUUUACCACCGUCCAACAGUAAUUCACCAGCUGUGCCUCUUGGAGCAGCGAAUACUGAUACAGCAAGUAAUCACAGUAUCUUAAACGGUGGCGUUCGAGCUCGCUUGCGAUCCCAGGGAACGGAAAACGCUGCGCCUUCAAUACCCAAUCUCAGAUCGAUGGUGCAUCACAACUCGUCAAAUAAUUUUCAAGACUGCAACAAUGCUGGUCAGGCAGAAAGCGAGUCAAGCAGCAGCAGAGCAGUGGCAGUGUAUACUCCUUUCUUCCCAAAUGGCACAGCUGCGAGUAAUCAUAAUAACGUCACAGCCGCAGGAGCUGCAGUCGCGAGCAACAGCCAGCCACCCGAUACAACAAUUCCACCAAUGGUACAACCAACGCCAACACAGCUGUGUCCUUCUAACAUGCCCAGUCAGCCUGAAAAUCUGGCUCAGGAGGAACCUUUACCAGCUGGUUGGGAGAUGAGAUAUGAUGUUUAUGGAAGAAGAUACUACGUUGAUCACAAUACGCGCAGCACAUCAUGGGAGAGGCCACAACCCUUACCGCCAGGCUGGGAAGUCCGGCGAGACAUGCGUGGCCGAAUAUAUUACGUUGAUCAUAAUACCAGAAGCACAACUUGGCAGAGGCCCAAUACCGAGAGACUGCAACAUUUCCAACAAUGGCAAGGCGAAAGGCAAUACGUUGUCCAGCAAGGGAAUCAAAGAUUCCUCUAUCCACAGGCUCACCAAGCUAUGGCAGCUGGACCAUCCACCUCAACAGCUGACGAGGAUGACGGUCUAGGUCCGUUGCCUGCAGGCUGGGAGCGCAGACGACAACCAGAAGGUCGGGUGUAUUACGUGAAUCAUAAGAACCGCACGACGCAAUGGGAGGACCCACGUACCCAAGGUCAGGAGACGAUGGACGAGCCGCCACUGCCGGAUGGCUGGGAAAUCCGGCUGACCGAGGACGGUGUCCGAUAUUUCGUCGACCACAACACAAGGACGACGACAUUCCAAGAUCCAAGGCCAGGGGCCCCUAAAGGACCAAAGGGAAUGUGCCGAGUGCCAAGAGCGUAUGAAAGAUCGUUCCGCUGGAAGUUAUCGCAGUUCCGCUUUUUAUGUCAGACGAAUGCGUUCCCCAACCAUAUUAAAAUCAGCGUUAGUAGGCAAACGCUCUUUGAAGACUCUUAUCACCAAAUAAUGAAUGCUGAAGCUUUUGCUCUUAGACGUAGGUUGUACAUAAUUUUUAAAGGAGAAGAAGGUUUAGAUUAUGGUGGUGUAUCAAGAGAAUGGUUCUUCCUUCUAAGUCAUGAAGUCCUAAAUCCUAUGUAUUGCCUUUUCGAAUAUGCCAAUAAAAGCAAUUACAGCCUGCAAAUAAACCCGGCAUCCUAUGUGAAUCCAGAUCACUUGAAUUAUUUUAAAUUUAUUGGAAGAUUUAUAGCAAUGGCACUCUAUCAUGGACGGUUUAUUUAUAGCGGGUUUACAAUGCCUUUCUACAAGCGCAUGUUGAAUAAGAAACUAAUAAUGAAAGACAUUGAGUCAAUCGAUCCAGAAUUUUACAAAUCUCUUGUUUGGAUCAAAGAUAAUAAUAUUGAUGAAUGUGGUCUGGAACUGUACUACAGUGUUGAUUUUGAAAUUCUUGGUCAAGUAAUACAUCAUGAAUUAAAAGAAGGCGGUGAUAAAGUAAAAGUUGUAGAAGACAAUAAAGAAGAGUACAUAAGGCUAAUGACGGAAUGGCGUAUGACGAGAGGCAUUGAAGAGCAAACCAAAGCAUUUUUAGAGGGAUUCAACUCAGUUGUACCUCUCGAGUGGCUAAAAUAUUUCGAUGAACGUGAACUUGAGCUUAUGCUAUGUGGCAUGCAAGAGAUCGAUGUUGAUGAUUGGCAGAGGAAUACUAUUUAUAGGCAUUAUACGCGUAAUAGUAAACAAGUACUAUGGUUUUGGCAGUUUGUACGUGCCGCGGAUAAUGAAAAACGAGCAAGGCUUUUGCAGUUCGUUACCGGAACGUGCAGAGUACCCGUUGGCGGAUUCGCUGAAUUAAUGGGGAGCAACGGUCCGCAGAGAUUCUGCAUCGAGAAAGUCGGCAAGGAUACCUGGCUACCUAGGUCGCAUACGUGUUUCAACAGACUCGACCUGCCGCCCUACAAGAGCUACGACCAAAUGGUGGAGAAGCUCAACUACGCCAUUGAAGAGACGGAAGGCUUUGGACAGGAGUAAAUGAGAGGGACACGCGACUCUGCUUGUUAUUGCCGAUUGUUUUUGUUAUUUUUGCGGAUGAUAACGGCGAGGAUCGACUCCCUCCCAGAAUUCGCUGGAGCAAGAGGGCAAGGAUUGGGCAUUUGCAUCAAAAUUUUUAGUGUCUUGUUUACGAUGAUUCACCCUAGUGAUGAAAUUCGAGGUUUGAGGGCUACUGGACCAUUGUGAUAAUGGUGAUUCAAAAUUUUACGCUGAUGAAAUGAUUUUUUAUGAUUAUUUACAUGUUUAUGAUUUUCAUAUUUCACAUUGCAAUAAACGAGCCAAAUGAAAUUUGCCAAGGCGAGCAGUAUUACUGAACGUGUUAUCUAACUGUAAUAAAGAAAUAUGCAGUCUCAUUUGAUCUUUGUAGAUAAAACUGCAUAUACGAAACUCAAGAGCCAAAUGAUUUUAUAACUGCACACUAUCAACGAAAUACGCAAACUCCAGACCCAAAAGAAAAUUUUGAUGCAAAAUUCUUAAAGAUUAAGCGAAAGGACGCGCUUUAACUCUUGCUAAGAGUCAGUCCACCGAAUGUCACGAAUACGAAUUUUCACUCGAAAACCAUGUAUCGAAGCAAAAAAAAAACACAAAGAACCAACGUUACGCGAUUCGCAUCCAAAUCGAUAUUAUAUCGAAGGCUAAUAUAUAUUCGAGGAUAGACUGAAAGCGAUAUAUGCGAAAGAGAAAGAGAUAGCGUGCAUCGAGAGGACUGGCCUACGCGACGAAUGAUCGGUUUUUGGUUCGUUAUAACGAAGCGCGAAAUAUGUAGUGUACAUGUGUAGCCGAUGUUUGAAAAAGCCAAGCCACGUACCAUCUCAUUCUUCCCCUUGUUCCCUCGCGAUAUUAUGUAUAAAGAAAAAAAUUAUCGAACUAACCGACUGUCGUUAUUGCUAUUUGUAUACAGCUAGGUGAUGUAUAACGAGCCGAUCUAUCUAAUUUUCUUUUUCGUAUGUAUGAUGAGUACGGUGGCGAGGUCGGACGUGAGCUUUCCCCAACGUCCGACGCGAACAUGAUACAAAGCGAGUGAGUAUUUUGUUUAAUUUUUUUGUUUGUCAAUAUAUGAGAAUUGUUUACGAAUUCUAAAUAUUUUUCAUUGUAAGUUGCUGAAACGUGUUAAAGUAUUUAUAUUGCAUAUUCAUUGUAUACGAUAAAUCCCAAAUGAACAUUUAAUUAAUCGUAUGUAAAAUUGUAUAAAAAAUCAACGAGAAGAGGUAAUGUAAAUUUUUGAAAGAUUUUUAAACAACAAAGAUAUUUUCCUUUUAGGCAAAGAUAGACUUCAUAAAUUUUGUAUUUUCCAUGGGUAUUUCUGAGUUCUUCAAGGAUAAAGAGUCGCGUACGAUUAUGCUCGCUUGCUUCUUUGAAAGUUUGCUGUACUUCAAGAAAUAAUUCAAGCCAAGUGCUGCUUCAUAUGUUCGAUUGAAUCGAGGUAUUGCAUCACGGUUAUGAUAUACCUACUGCAAGUCUUCGAUCGAAUGUUUGAAAUAACACGAAAUUGAACGUUUCUUUCCGCGAGUGUAAAUAAGAAUGUACUCUGCCGUUCGGAUACAUUUUUAACAAUAUCUAUUUUUGUUCCACAGGAAAAUAAUUAUUUUUUAUAUAUAAUUAUAAACGAACGUUUGCGUGCAAAGAAAAGGCCGUGAUGAGGUGCGCAUAAUCGUAAGGGACGUCUUUUGCCACGAGUUCCGAACGAUUACGAAUUUGAUUUUCAUAUCACUGUAGUCUCCGACGAAAGAAACUUCCGACGACAGAUACUGUAUAUAUUGGAAUUAAAUGUAACUGUGGUAAUAUUGAUCGUAUUUGUAGGCAAGCGAUACACUGAUAAUUGCGUGCUGUCUGGAACAGUUGGAAAUUUUUUCAAUAAUAGUGUGAAAUAUCUAUCGGGUAAUUAUUUUUCAUACAUUGUCGUGUAAAUUCGAAUUUAAUUGUCACCGCGGUGCAGCAGCGCAUUUCCUACACCCGGGGAUUAAUUUUCGAUGACUUUUCUUUUUUUUAUAUGUAUAAAACCAAAGUUGUUAAAGAAUAAUACGUACGUCUGCGAUAAAAGAGAGCAAAACGUACCCACUCGGAGGAUGUGGUUCGUUCAUUCCUGAA